AGUCCUUCCUCUGUUUAUUUCGACUCUCACAACCCAUGUGAGAGCUAGGCUGUGCAGUGUUGAUGGAGAGAUAGGCUAAAGAGGGUCAAUCAGUCCUCUGAGGUUACAUUUACCAAUACAUUAUUGUGUCAGGCGUAGCCGGAGCACUAGCGCUACAGCUCAACAUGGCGUUUGAACGAUUGUGUGCUACUCGACCGAUAACCUACAAGGUGGUUGAAUUGGUGCGAUUUUAGGUGUUUGUAUUAGCAGGCUAAUCUGUAAAAGCUAGCUGCGUGUUUGGGUUCUGAUCUGUCGAAAUACAUGCGAUUCUCUUACGUUUGCUACUCAUGCAGGGAUAUAUUCCCUACGCUAGUAACAAAGAAGCCUGUCGUCACUGUUGUCAAAGUGACUAGCUAGCUCCUCUAAUGAACUACCUAGCUAGCGUGCUAACUGCCUUUCAGUGAUGAGCCGCUGGGAAGCAGAACACCAUCAGCUGUGAUUUAGCUUCCUAGCGUUAGCUUUGCAACCCGAUGUAGGCAUCAGAAUGUAAUGUUGUCAAUAGUUGUAUACAUUGAGUUACAGUUUCCUAUCAUUUGCUAAAAUGGCCCUCUGUUAGGUAAAGUCCGUGUGGUCACUAUUCAGCCAGCUGGCGAAGUCGUAGGAGCCUAGCUUUCCAAGCUAUGCACCUACCUUCUAGCCAGUUAGAGAUGUCUUGCUAGUUUGAAGUUAUGGUCAGCUCAAAGUUCUUAUGUGUCUGGUCAGCUUGUCAGAAAGACUAGCCACAUAUGUCAUUGUGAUAAUUAACGUUUAUGACUUUAAACAUACAUUAUCCUUAAAUAAACUUUGGUUUGAGUUGACAUCACUUCACCAAACACGUUGGCUAAAGAACACCCUCGAUGUAUGCAAAUACACCCAAAAUAAACCAUUCAUGAAUGUCAUUAGCCUUUUCAACUGUUGCACACCACCCCAAGACUUGGGUAAUAGAAAUCGAGCGUUUUGUAAGCGUUUUAAAUAAAAGACAGAUUAAUUUCGAGUGUUUUAAUUCAGUAGAGUUGUGUGGUUAACUCAGAAAUAUUGUGUUGCAUAAUAGCAUACACAUGCGGUUGCCAAACCACACCCUUGUCAUUGCAUAUUUUAGCACUGGUUGAAAAGUGUAUGUUCUAUGCUGUGUAGGUGCAUGUUAAGCAGCUGCUGAACUGUUGUUGUGUGAUAGGUCAAUGAAAAAUGGAGGGACAAGCGCAGAGUGAGGAGGCAGCUUCAAAUCUUAAAGAAUUCCAUCUCCCAGAAUCCUCCACCCCAGAGACUAGUAGCCAGGAUGAAGCCCUCACAGAUGAACCGGUGGCGGAGGGCAUUGAAAAGGAUGACCAAACAAAGGAGGAACUCCAAGAGCAGCCUUUGACCAAUCAGGAAUCUGGGAAAUCCGCUUCAGCAAUCCAAGCUCCUCCCACAGUCACGGGGUCGAACCAGUUAGAGGAGUUCAUCAUCCUGGACCAUAAUGGACAGGCACUGCAGUGUGAACGCAUGGUCAUUGUGACGGGGCAGUCUCAGAAUGGACAGGUGUACAUGAUCCCAUCCAAUCAACUUACAGCAUCUCAAGUGCUGAUCCCCCACGGCCAGCUGUUGGACAUCUCCGAGACAACCGGGUCAGGUGGUCAGAAGUCCUCCAAUCAGGAGCAGCUCCAGACAGUCACCCUCACAGCUAUCAGUGGCAUUGCAGGCAAUGCUGCUAUUGAGACCACGCCCAACUCCAGCGCCACGGCAACCAAGAGCUCCGACACAUUUGUGACUCCAAUGAAGCCCCUCCCCCGUAAUGCACCCAGCUGGGCACUGAGGCUACGCAGCUGUGAGAAGAUUGGCGACUCGUAUCGCGGUUACUGCAGCACGGAGGCGGAGCUGGAGGCGGUGCUUCUCCUCCACAAGCAGCAGACGCAGGCGGUGUUCGGCACACGCCAGUCACCCUCCCCCGCCAAGGCCGCCACGCGUCUCAUGUGGAAGUCCCAGUACGUCCCCUACGAUGGCAUCCCAUUCGUCAACGCAGGGAGCCGGGCGAUAGUGAUGGAAUGCCAGUUUGGACCACGGCGGAAAGGCCUCCAGCCGAAGAGGAGCUUAGAGUUGGAGAGUCAGAGUGCAAACUACAAAGCCACCUGUCCUGCCAGGAUCUACAUUAAGAAGGUGCGGAAGUUUCCGGAAUACCGGGUGCCGACCGACCCCAAGGUGGAUAAGAAGGUGGUGCGUCAGGAGCAGGAGAAGGCCUUCUUCAACCUGAAGAAGAGUCUGUGGGACAUGGGGGGAGUCAUACGGUACUACGUCCAGCUGCCCACCCAGAAAGCUCACCUGUACCACGACAUGGAAACGCCACCCCUCCCCCCUCCCCCUGUGCCUCUGCCCCUAUCAGAGGACGAUGGGGAGGGGCUUCUAGGAACAGAGGAGGAGGAGGAAGAGCAGCAGGAGGAGGAGGAUGGCUCUGCAGAUGAUGGCAGCUGCAUGCCGUCUCGUCUGCACCCCCUAGUGGCUGAGAGGAUAACGCAGCUGGUGGCCCAGGGAUAUAGCCAGGUGUACACCGUCCGCAAACAGCUCAGGAAGUUUGUGGAGCGUGAGAUGUUCAAGGCAGAGAAGGUUCCGGAGAAACACAACCUGUGCUACUUCCCCACGGUCAACGACAUCAAGAACCACAUCCAUGAGGCCCAGAAGGCCUUGCAGCAGCAGCUGAGCUGCUCCGUGACCCCCGUCCACCCACAGCUUCAGUGGGCAGCAGAAGGGGGUGACCUCCUGACGGAAACUGUGACCCUCACCCUGACCCCUGCGUCCGUGGAAGUGAAUUCGCAUAAGUCUGGCAUGCUGGAGGGUAGUGACACUCUCUCCCCUGAGGCGGUGCAGCUCUUCAGCUCCCUCACCUCCCUGCAGCCCAAAAUCUUCGCCCAGCUCCAGGGUCUCCAACUGCGACCAGCCUCCAGCCCACUAGAUGGCGCUUUUCCUGUGCAUUCCUCUUCUUCCUCUGCUUGCCCUCUCUUCCCAGGGGCCCCUGAUCUCCUGGAGCCCACCAGCCCCUCUCUGGUCCCCCAGCCGCUGCUGAUGGGCCCCGCUUCCUUCCUGCCCUCUAGCGCCACCCUGGUGGAAGGGGGGAGUAUAGCAGAGCCCCCAGCAGCGCUGCUGGGCAUGGGGCAGCUGGUGAGUGUGUCUGCCCUGGGGGGCUCCAUUAGAGAGGGGGGAGCCAUGCAUCAAAUACUGCUGGAGGACGGACAGACCAUCCCCGUGCAGAUAGUGGACCCCACCACCAUAGCACUGACACCAGCAGACGACUCUGUUCAGGUGAAAGAGGAGAUGGAGGACAGCAUCAUCAACACAGAUGAGCCAACGGGGGACUGAUACACACACACACACACACACACACACACACACACACACACACACACACACACACACACACACACACACACACACACACACACACUCUAACUUCCACACUCUCUUUCAAAUGCAAAACUUUACUACAUAUCACAGUCACACUGUCAGAGAAAAUUUGGUGAGCCUGGAAUUUCCUCUGUAGACAUAGACGUGUGUGUGUGUGUGUGUGUGUUAAUUUGACUGUAUUACAAGUUGCAUGUGCAUGGGUCGUCUGUGUGUGUAUGGGUGUACAGUAUGUUGCUGCCUGUGUGUAUGGGUGUACAGUAUGUGGCUGUCUGUGUUUAAAAUGGCCACGAAUGACAGGCCAUUUGACUGAUUUCAGGACCUGUGAAGUAUGUAUGUCAACAACCAGUUCUUAAUCAUGGCAAAAACCUCACCCUAGUCCAAUCACAUCUCUGGCCUUUCAUCAAGAAUCAGUGCACUGAUUGGGUCAACAGGUUUCAUGGUGUAUUCCAUUGGUGAGAUGUAGCAGCCAAAGGUUUUCACAGAAAACCAUUUCCCAUGCUGGCCCUUGAAGACCAGAUCUUUACCUGACAUACUGGUUCAGCAGCCCCUUACAGGUUAUUGGACCAUGUGGUGGAAGAUCAUCCAGUAUUAUAAUGUUCAAUGGAACAGUGCCGUUGUACCGUAGAGAGGCAGCGAGAGCUGAUGGGUCAUACCGUUAGCCAUGACGGGGUCACUGAAGUGCCUCGUAGCGGAAAAGCAUCCGGCUCUACAAACGUCAAUGGUGACCAAGGAGAGUCGUUAUGUAGAGAGACAGAGAGCUACAGGUGCUGUAGAGGGCUAGCGAGAGCUGUGAAGCUAAGCUGUUCGCCAUGCCAAUAGCAUUGGCUUAGCAUUGGGCUGGGAAGUUAAGCUGUUAGCUGCUAGAUGUUAGCCAUGCCAAUAAGGAAGUGUCUAGCGAAGGAGAGAGGUCAGGGUAGAGGAAAGCUAAUAGCCGUGACCGGUACUCUGUAGUCUUCUUGCAGGGGCCAGAAAAGCAGCCAACUGCAGAGAGAGAGCUCUACACGCGUGAGUGAAAAUGGAGGACACUUAACAUGAUGUGAAGCUCACACCAGAGCAUUAUGGGUAACUCUGAGGUGUGUCGGGACUCCGAUCAGCAAGCUCAGGCUCAGCUUCAGUAUAGGGCUUUUAAGUCAGUUGGGUAGAGAUCGUUUGGAAAAGCUCUGUGCGUAGAUACACAAAGACACAGACAGAUAGACAAACACACGCACACACACACACACACACACACAGCCACACACACAGCCACACACACACACACACACACACACACACACACACAGCUUUCAGGGUACACCGGCCCUGAUACGGCCAGCUCUGUUCCAGAGUCUGCAGGUAUUCAGGUGGCCGUGUGUACCAUAGACAUAUAUAGGACACAUACAUAUAUAUAACAUCUAUAUAUGUCUAUGGUGUGGACGUGUCACUAACACAUAUAUAGGACACAUACAUAUAUAUAACAUCU